AUGGCGAAUAGCCUUCCUCCCAAGGAUGAGGCUUAUCUCUCAUCAGUCAUCUCCAAGCGUAUCAGGCUCUUUCAGCAAAUCCAAGCCGAUCACCUCGAGAAGCUUCAAUCUCUCCCACACGAUCCGAUCAAGAUUACUCUUCUCCCAAACGGUAUAGUGAAAGAAGGAAAGAGAUGGGAGACCACUCCAAUGGACAUUGCAGGGCAGAUUUCUAGGGUUUUGGCAAAAUCUGCCCUCGUUUCUUCGGUUAAUCGUGUCCUGUGGGACAUGAAUAGACCCCUGGAAGGAUUUGACAGCGACCAAGGCCGUGAUACUUUCUGGCAUUCUAGUGCUCACAUUCUCGGCCAGUCUCUCGAGCAGGAGUAUGGGUGCAAGCUUUGCCUCGGUCCCUGCGAAACCAGACAUGAGGGUUUCUAUUACGAUGCUUUCUACUAUGGCAAUCUGGGCUUAAACGACAGUUACUUUCCAAACAUCGAAGCAGAAUUACCCAUUAGAAUGGCCGAGUUUGGAGUGUUACAUCGAAAUGAGGAAAGUGGAGCACUUAGUGGAAUGACUCGUAUCCGUAGGAGAAUGCAUGAUGAUGCACACAUAUUCUGUAGAGCGGAUCAGGUUGAGGAAGAAGUGAAAGGUGUGUUGGAUUUCGUUGACUAUGUUUACAAAAUAUUUGGGUUUACCUAUGAGCUAAAGCUUUCAACGAAGAAAGAGAAUUACAUUGGAACAUUGGAAGAAUGGGAUAUGGCUGAAAAGGAUCUUAAAAAAGCGCUAGAUGAUUUUGGAAAGCCAUGGGUGAUAAACAAAGGAGACGGUGCAUUUUAUGGCCCAAAGAUAGACAUAACAGUGUCUGAUGCAAUGAAAAGGAAAUUCCAGUGUGCUACUUUACAGCUUGAUUUUCAACUUCCGGAACGCUUCAAACUGAAAUACAAAACGAAAGUAAAGCAGGACAAACCUGUGAGACCUGUGAUGAUACAUAGAGCGGUGUUGGGAUCUGUUGAGCGUAUGUUCGCCAUAUUGUUGGAGCAUUACAAAGGAAAAUGGCCCUUCUGGCUUAGCCCGCGCCAGGCCAUAGUUUGCUCUUUGUCAGAGAAUUAUAGUUCCUAUGCAAAAGAGGUACAAAAACAGAUUCAUGACGCUGGGUACUAUGUGGAUAUUGACGAAAGUGACAGAAGCAUUUCUAAGAAGGUGGCAGAGGCUCGGGCUGCACCAUACAACUACAUACUGGUCGUAGGUCAAAAAGAGGCUACAACCGGACAGGUGACUGUUCGGCUCAGAGAAGACCCUGCAGGCCGUAAAGACUUACCAGAGAUGAGCAUCGACAGUUUACUGGAUGAAUUCAAGUACAAGACAGUCAACUAUCUCUAA